AUGCAUGGAAUCAUCAAUCCAUCCCGCAAACAAUUUCGACGAAUAAUCGCCCGGCCCAUUGAGCCUAUGCGGCUCAACAAUGGCCUUGACUCUGGGCUCUUUUCGGGCUACACGAGUUCUUGCUUGCUUCUUCAUUUCCAUAUCAUGGACCAUUUCUCAGCCUUCUCCGAUGUUCCCCAACCAGCACCCGGGGUUAGUGUUCCCCAGGAUUAUGAACUGUACCCUUGCAAGUAUGAGUCGUCGUAUACGGACCCCACGAUGAGUCAACAUCCUUCAGGCCUCCAACCUCAUCUCACUCCGGAAGCUAUCCCUAUGAAAGGCCUUUAUCCCACAUCUAACAUGUCCUGGACGAGCAUGGGAGAUGAUAUCGACACUCUCACGACAGGCUUCUCGUCUCCCUGGAGCAGCGAGCCCACCUCUUCGCCGGCGCUGGGAAGUCCCAAGUGCAACGACACGAACUGGAUGAAUAUGGGAUGUUAUAUGUCUCCUCCUUAUACCUGUGACGAUGUCAUGAUACCUCCAUCUGCAUAUGAGCCGUGCGCUUCGCCCGCUGUUGUUGACUAUCUGGUGACGCCUUCACAAAUCUACCCAGAACCCGAGUCCAUGGUGAAGAUUGAGCCUGAACUACCCUUACCGAGCACGCAUGCCAUAUUUUCGUAUCAGGGGGCCUUCUCGAACUGUGAGACCAGUUUCACAACUGAGAUGUCGAUCUGUGGCCAGCCGGCCAAGGAGGAGCGCGCCGCUUGUGACUCGCCAAAGUUCCAAGUCAAACCACGAAAAGCACCGAAAGCCAGCAAGAAUCGCAUCGCCAAGCCGACUCGAAAGCCAUCCAGCAAGACAAGCACCACUACGAGCGCCCGUGCUGGCUCAAGGGCAACGGCGAAGAAGAACACCCCACCACCCAGUCGAGUAUAUACCUGCAGCUUUUCACACUAUGGCUGCCCCAGCACAUUCGUGUCGAAGAACGAGUGGAAGCGACAUGUGAUCUCUCAGCACAUUCAACUGGGAUUUUUCCGAUGCGAUGUGGGGCGUUGUAGCUUGGACAACCUGAGCAAAGAGAGAAACCUCAGCUCACCGCACGAGCCCCUCGCAUACAACGAAUCUCACCUGGUCAAUGACUUCAACCGCAAAGACCUCUUCACUCAGCACCAGCGUCGCAUGCAUGCCCCCUGGGUGUACCGGAACCGGAAGUCGCCCGAGACCGAAGAAGAACGGGAGGCGUUUGAGCAGAGCCUGGAGGCUGUGCGGGCACGAUGUUGGCACGAGCAACGCAAGCCCCCUCUUCACAGCCAGUGCGGCUUCUGUGGACAGGAAUUUGUUGGCGCACACAGUUGGAACGACCGAAUGGAGCACGUUGGUCGCCAUUAUGAAAAGGACAACCUCGAGCAGGAAAGCGAGGAUUUGUUGUUGCGGCAGUGGGCUAUAGAGGAGGGCAUCAUCCGGAGGGUGGACGGAGAGUUGAAGUUGGCUGUCUUUUGUGACAAGACUAACUAA